UGAUUGGUGAUUACAUUACUGAUUCCUCACGACUACAAGUCUACGAGUAUUGACAUAUAGUUAAUUUUAUUUUUAAUUAUUAGUAUUUAUUUAUUAGUCAUUUGUUAUAGGAUUUAAUUUUCCAAUUCUCCACAUGUUGUGUUUAGUUACUUACAAAUUUUAAUUUUUUUAACGAUUUAUAAUUUUUGUUAACAAUAUGAAUUUCCCUGCACUUAAAAAUGAUCGUAUUUUGCGAGCAGCUAGAGGUGAAGAAGUCGAUCGUAUUCCAGUAUGGAUAAUGCGACAAGCUGGUCGGUAUUUACCUGAGUUCAGAGAAUUGCGAUCGCGUUACGAUUUUUUCACUAUAUGCCGAACACCAGAGCUCGCUUGUGAAGUCACUCUGCAACCAAUUCAGAGAUACGAUCUCGAUGCUUCCAUAAUUUUCAGCGAUAUUCUGGUGAUUGUUCAGGCAUUAGGCAUGAUUGUUGAAAUGCAACCCAGUGUUGGACCUGUAAUUCCAGAUCCUCUCAAGGAACCUAUAGAUUUAGACAGACUACACCAAUCAAUUGAUGUUAAACAAGAAUUAGGAUAUGUAUUUGAAGCUAUUACAUUGACUAGACAUCGAUUAAACGGCCAGGUACCUCUCAUUGGGUUCACUGGUGCGCCAUGGACACUCAUGUGUUAUAUGAUAGAAGGAGGUGGCUCCAAAACUAUGUCAAAGGCCAAAAAAUGGUUGUACAAAUAUCCAGAAGAAAGCAAAAAAUUAUUACAAAUCCUUACAGACAUUAUUGUGAAAUAUUUGAUAGAGCAGGUGAAUGCUGGUGCUCAAAUGUUGCAAGUGUUUGAAUCAAAUGCAGAAUAUUUGAAUUCUGAACUGUUUGACAGAUUUAGUGGUCCAUAUUUGUCAGCCAUUUGCUCUCGUGUUAAAAAUGAGUUGAAGGGCAAUAGUGUACCAAUGAUAGUGUUUGCCAAAGGGGGUCACUAUGCUAUCAAACAAUUAUCUACUUUUGAUUAUGAUGUUAUUGGCUUGGAUUGGACGAUCGAUCCCGUUGAAGCUAGGAAAAUUGUUGGUAAUAAUAUAACUUUACAAGGCAAUUUAGACCCUUGCUCAUUGUACGGUCCGCCUGAACAAAUAAAAGAAAUGGUCAAGAAUAUGGCAUCCAAAUUUACAAAGCACAGAUACAUUGCAAAUUUGGGCCAUGGUAUCUAUCCUGAUGUCGAUCCAGAACAUUUAAGAGCUAUGAUUGAUGCUGUACAUGAAUGUUAAAAAAUCCAUGUAUUUUAUUUUGGUAUUGGAACCAUACCAGAAAUUUAAUUUAUAUUAUUUAGUUGAUUGGGUUAAAUGGAAAAUAUUUUAUUUUUAUAAUACAACAAUGUUAUUAAAAAAGUAAAAUAUUUAAUUCUUCAUUAAAAUAUUUCCAUUUACCUACCACCUAGUGUUUUCUUUUUACCAAAUAAUUCCAUUUAAGCAUAAAUGGACUCAACCAUAUUUUAAAUAAAUUUACUUGUGGUGUUGACUAUGACGUGUAACUGUCCUACUUAGACUGAACUGUGGAUUAUAACUUAUAACCCCAAAACUAUAACAAAUCAAAUUUUGGAAAGUUGAAGAAUAGUAAGAAAAUUUAUAGUAGGUUAUCAAAAGUAAGUUUUUUAAAUUAUUUAUUUAAAUUUUGAAACUUUUAAAUUUAACUAUUUCAAGUUUGGUCGAGGAAUACGCAGAAAGGUCAUCAGGAACUUUUCCAAUACGCCAAACUUUGUGUGCCUCAUUUUAAAUAUAUUUAUUAUUUAAUAUUUACUUUAUUGUUAGUUUAAGGGUUAAACCUAGUUUUAUGGUCAUGAAACUAACUAUGCACUGUAGAGCUUAGGAAAGCAUAUUCACAAAUAAUAGAAAAAGUUUGUUAACAAUGAAGAUACAUUGUUAGAGAUCUGGAGGGGAGCAAAAUAGUACUUUUGCCCUGCCCCUCCAAGAUUACUGCAGCGAGUCAACAAGUUUAUGAUUAAUUUAAAAAAUAAUUAAAUAUAUUUAAUUAAGUUUACCGCUUAAUAAUUUUAGGACUAAAAAAAUGGAUGAACUGCAGAAUUUUAUUCUAUACUAACUUUCCCAAAACCAUGAUAAAAAUAAAUAUUAUGAUUAAAACUUUAAAAAGCCAACAAUGACAUCACUUUGAAUACAAACAGCGAUAAUUUUGAUACACUUAUACACUAAUAUUCUAUCAAAGAAAACAAGUUUAAAAACUAUACUGGUUCAGUGUUUCUACAAAACUUUAUUGAGAUUUAGAUCAAUAUGCAAGUAUUUUCUUAUAUUUUUCUGAUAUUCUUUAAAUAUAUUGUAACUCUUUGCCUUUAUAUAAUGCACUAUCCUUAACAUUUGUUUAAAAAUAGGUGGCUAGCCAAUGCUCAUAAUAAAUAUUUAUUCAUGUUAUUAAUACUCCUUAUCAAAGUUCAUUGAAUGAAGAUGAGUUAGAAAGGAGAGUUAUGAGUUUAAGGGAAGGCCCCGUCUUUAUUGUGCAACACUGACCAGCAGUAAUAUCCAAUAGGAAAUUAUAAGGGAAUUGCUUCUCGGGGAGCUUAGCAGUUAAAAGCCCCAAGAGAACUUAUUGUCAUCAUUAUUUGUCAACAAUUAAUAACUGGUGACCUAAAUAAAAGUCUAAAAGUUUAGAUCAAUUCAUUCCUUAAAAUUAUCAAUAAAUCAUUGCUCAGAACUCGCUAAGUUAUUAUCCUUGUAAAAGGAUAAAACUGUUUUCAGUUAAAUUAAUUUAAUGUUUUAUAGGUUACACUGUUAAGAACAAAUUAUUUUGAAGUUAUUAGUUGUCACUUAUUUUGUUUGGAUAUCAUAAUUUAAAUCUCUAUGCAACAAAAUGUUAUAUAUUAAUACAUACAAUAGGUAUAGUUUAUUUUCUUAUGAAAGUGUAAAAAUAUAUUUUUCCUUUGAGUAUUUGAAAAAAGGGAACUUCCUAUCAUUAUUCAACACAAUUAAAAUUAAUUAACCUAACCUGUUCUAUUUCAAACCUACUAUUUGAUCUAGGAAAGUAAUAAAAAAUCUGGAAACAUUAGAAUUUGUAUCAGACUACUUUAUUUCAAAUUCCCAUAUUUUUGAAUUUAUCCACAAAAGACUUUGUAUAAAAAAUUUCCUUUAGAGGAGAAAAAAAUCAAAAAUCCAAGGUAGUCAAACUCAAGUAGGCCUUAACUCUUCAUUUGAUCAAUUAGUGAUUGGAAAUCAAAACAUAUUUAUUGUGCAGGUGUAGGAAAAAACCGAGAAUCAGAUUCCUACCAAUAGCCUUAAUGAAAAAACAAAUGAAAACUUAAAACAGUACACUACUAACUAUAAGAAACAAAUUCUCAAAUUAUAAUCUGGUAAUAAUUUAAGUCAAAACACAAAGGAAGUAAUGACCAAACACAAUGUUGGGUACUAGGAAAAAGAAUUGAUACAAAAUAGUAAUUCUGUGUAAAAUAGAAAUGAUUAUCAAUUUUUAUAAAAUAAAAAAUAAGUAACACUAAAAAUGGA